AUGUCAAGCUACUUUUUUCAACGAAUAAAAAAUUUACCAACAACUGCUAAUAAUAGUAAUAGUAAUGAUUCGCGAUUGAUGUCAAAUGCAAAAACAACAAUAAAAACAGAAGUGACACCAAGUGUGAGUGAUGAUGAAUUAUUAACUAGCGCAUUACAGUUCGAACAAACACCACAAUAUAAACAAGCUGAAGAACAUGCAAGGAGAGCAAGAGAACCUCAAAUCAAUAAUACGGAUAUACGAACAUUUUUUAAACAACCAAAUUCUCCUAUUGCCAAUAUAUCAUCAUCAUCCUUGUUGAAGUCACUGAACACUUCAGCGAGUACCAGUGAUAUUAUUCCUGUCACAAAUGAUCGAUUGAAGCAGGAAUUGCACACUUCAAAGUCAUCAUCGAAAAAACGACCGGCUAAUGAUAGUAGUGAUGACGAUAUAAUUCCGUUAGAACUUCCUUCGUCAUCAAUUGUUCGACCACCAGUGAAAAAAUUACCGAAUAGUAAACCUGAUUUUCAUUCUUUUGCUCCUCCAAAUCAAUCGGUCAAUGCAAGGACUAAAGCAAUAUUAACAACAUUGCGAAGUAGACGAGCCCGUGGUGAACAAGUUCCAAUGACACAAAUCGUUGCUGAAGAACAAUUGAGAAUACGCGAGCAAUUAAUGCGUAAACCGAAACCGCCAAUAAUAAGUAAUGAAAAAACAACAAGUCAAGAAAAAAAGACAAUCACUGCAGUGAAACGGAAACUUAAUGAACUCGAAUCUCCAGUACCCAAAAAAAUUCGAGCAUCAGACAAAACACCAAAAAAUGCAUUUGAAAGAUUAGUACAUGACGUAACUGAAACGAUGGUUCGCGUAACAUUAACCAAUGCAAUAACAACAGAUACAACAACUGUUAGUUCAUCCUUAGCAUCAUCUCGUUCUGCACUUAAUUUAACUACUGCGCAAUCUUCAUCAUCUAUAUCGAGUACAUUGUCACUUCAGUCAAUAUCAACGAAUAUGAAAGAAAAAAGCUCGAAACGAACAAAAAUGAAUACAUAUGAUGAUUAUCUUAUUUAUAUUCUCAAAUGGCCAGUUUCUUUAGUUGAUGAAUUAGAACCUGAAGCUGGUAUUUUAUAUAAAGAUUUUCUCGGUGAAAAUGUUUAUCCGGUACCAUUACUUGAAUUGUAUUCUUCAUUUGAUGAAUAUGAAGAAAUUACAUUACCAUGGUUAUUCGAAGAAACAUUCGAAGAAAUCAAACGAAGUAUAAAAAUGAAUGAUCACAAAUUAGCUGGAACGGAAUUCGAUGCUGUCCUACAUCAAACACGGAUCUUGAAAUCAGGAAUUUACGAACUUAAAUCUCAAACAUUACACAAACGAAUUCCUAAUACUAGUCAAUAUCGAGAAAUGUUUAGUGAUGAUGAUUUAGUUAUUAUUACUUUGCCAAAUCAACCAGUAAAUAAAAUAUUUGGUCUUGUCCGAAGUGGAGAACGAAUUAUAGAAAAAGCACGCUUACAUAAAUCAUAUCACGAUCAUCCAGAUGUUAAAAUACGACCACCUGUAUGGUUUUGUUAUGAAUACAAUAUUCGUAUAUUCGGUAGUAAUAUGAAGAUUCUUGAUGGAUCGAAAAUAAAGAUUAAAGCAAUUACUUCUUUAACUGCUACUUUACGACGGUUUAAAGCUCUUGCAUCGAUGCGUUCUUGUCCACUAUUUGAAAAUCUACUCAGUCCAUCAUUGAAUGAUGACAUAUUUCAAAUAACCAAUAAACGAGAAAGUUCUAUGGAAGAUAAACAUUAUCAGGCUUAUAAUGAAUCACAAAGAAAUGUUAUUGCUGAAGCUGUAUCAAUGAUACGUGAUACAAGAGAUGAUAAUCAAGCAAAAAUCUAUAUGUGUCAAGGACCACCCGGAACUGGUAAAUCUCAAACAAUUACUGGUAUUGUCAGAGCUCUUUUGCAAUCAACGUUUGCUUCAACUAAUUCAAAUGAUCAAUCUCCAACAAUAUCAUCAUCUGGCACAUCGAAGAAAAUAAAAAUUUUAAUAUGCUGUCCUUCAAAUGGUGGAUGCAAUGAAAUAGUUCGUCGUUUAAUAGAUAUAUUUGCACGUAAAACAACUGAUUCAAAUGCCAAUCAAACUACACCGAACUUACCAUUUAAAUUAAUUCGUUGUGCACGUGGUGGUGCUGUUAGUCAAGAUAUUGAAAGUCUAUCGCUCGACGUACUUGCUCGAAAACGUCUUGAGGAAGUAUUAAAUACUGGUGGACAAAAUGAAGCUAUUGAACGAAAUCUGGCUAAUAAAGAAAAACAGAAAAAACAACUUUUAGAGAGAAUUGAACAAGAAAAAAUGAAACAGAAAAGUACAUCUGCAAAUAAUCGACCUACUGAAGAGGCUUAUUUAGAAUUAAAUUUAAAAGAAAUAAUUGCUAGUAUUCAAAAAUUGCAACAGACAUGUCGAAAAACAAUGCCUGAAUCUGCUCGACGUCAACGUGAGCGUGAGAUUAAAUUAGAAUUAUUACAACAAGCUGAUAUUUGUGUUUCAACACUUAAUUAUGUUGGAAAUUCAAUAUUUGAUUCUUUCUCUCCAUUCGAUGUAAACAAUCCAAUGAAUAAAAAUGAAAAACUCAAAAAACCUCCAGCAUCUUCUUCGACAAUACCAAGUCUAUUCAAUUGUUUAAUUAUCGAUGAAGCUGGUCAAUGUAUUGAAAUCGAUAAUUAUAUUCCACUUCGACUUGGCAUGAAUCGUAUUGUACUUGUUGGUGAUCCUGAACAACUUCCUGCUACUAUAUUAUCUCGACGAGCACUUGAAGCCGGUUUAAAUCAAUCAUUAUUCGAACGACUUUAUAAAUUAUUUAAAUAUGAUUUGAAUAACCCAAUUCGUAUGCUUAACAUUCAAUAUCGAAUGCAUGAUGAAAUAUGUAAAUUUCCAUCAAUGCAUAUAUAUCGUUCGAAAUUAAAAACAGAUAAGUCAAUCAAUCAAAAACGAAAAAAAUUUCUGUUAAAACCAUACAUGAUACUCGAUAUUGUAAAUGGUCAAGAGCAACUUGAUCCUGUGACACAAUCCUAUGGAAAUCCACUUGAAGCAGAUGUUGUUGCACGUCUAGUACAAUUUAUUAAUGAACAAGCAAAAGUACCAUUCAACCAAAUCGGAAUUAUAACUCCAUAUAAUUAUCAAGUUAAACUCAUUGAACAAAAGCUUGUACAGCACAAUCUCCAUCAGCAUAAAAUUGAAAUUGGAACAGUCGAUGCAUUUCAAGGUCGUCAAAAAGAUGUUAUUCUGUUAUCAUGUGUUCGUGCUACACAAAUUACUGAUGCAUCAACAACAGUCGGAAUCGGUUUCGUUGCUAAUCGACAACGGUUGAAUGUUUCAUUGACUCGAGCAAAAUAUGCAAUGUAUAUAUUGGGUCAUAUGAAUUCAUUAAAUGUAAAUGAAGAUUGGCAAAAACUAUAUUCAAAUGCUGUUGAACGAAAAGCUAUUUUUCAAUUGACAUUACCUGAACAAUUCGAAUGGCUUAUUAAACACCAACAAGAAGCCCAAACAGAACUAACUGAAAAGAAAUGA